AUGGAGAGCCGUGGAGCGCGCUGGGCAGCGGCGUUUGGGCUGCAGGGCGAUGUGCUUGCAGCACAGCGUGAGCGCUACGAGCGUCUGAAGCAGCACAUGGUGUUUCAGAUCGACGCGACUGGCAUCACUGACCCGCUGACUGCCUUCGCGGCUGCCAAUGGCUCGCCUUCUGCCAAUUCUUCAAGUUGGAGCCAAUACUUCACGGACGAAACGCUGCUAGAGGAGAUCAACACAGAUCUAGAGCGCCUGUACCCUGCAGGCAACGAAAGUUUCUUCCAAAACGAAUUGUACUUGAGCACACUGCGCCACGUACUCUUCGUCUGGUGUCGAUUACAUCCGGAUGUAGCUUACCGUCAAGGCAUGCACGAUGUGGUUGCCGUAGUACUCUACGCCUUCCUACAGACUACCAAAGAGGGCAACACCGAGGAAGAUCAGGUCAAAAACCUACCGAAUCAGCCAGAAGCGGACACUUUCUUGGUGUUUGAAGCCGUCAUGUUGUUCCUUAAACCGUUCUACGAGAUUAUCAAGACGAGACGCAACACUGCACGUGAUAAUGAGGACAGCAGGCGACUAUUUGCCAGUUUCUCACUAAAGGAGAGUGAGAGCAGCAAUGGACACGAAACACAACCAGCACUGCAUCGACUAUGCCAUCAUAUCCAAUUCGAACUAUUGCAGCAGAAAGACCCGCAGCUAUACUACCAGUUGCAAAACUUGGAAAUUGUCCCAGAGACGUAUUGCUUGAGGUGGAUCCGACUUCUUUUUGCACGCGAAUACGCACUGAAAGAGUUACUGUGGGUCUGGGAUGCCAUGAUCUUGGACAACAGUCGAGCGGACGUUAUUUUCCCAGUGAUCAACAUGACUGUCAAAUCAGAUAACGAUUUAUUGCAAUUACCUAAGCUAGCCUGUAAAAGCGAAGAUACGAACUGGACUGGCUUCCCACUGCUGCGUUAUGUCUGCGUUGCGAGACUGCUGCAAUUGUCCUCUGAGUUACGUCAAUCGGAUAACACUGGCUGUCUUCGGCUCCUCAUGCGUACGUAUCAAGGAGAAGAACUCGACGGAGAAGAGAAUCGCGCUGUGGAACUCAUGAAUUUCGCCAAAGUUCUACAAGAUCCAAUGGCCGAAGAGCAACAACAGAGUGCCAGUGACGUGGCCAACUCUGAUAAAGGAUCUAGCUCAGUGAAAGUUGUCCAGUUUAAGGAAGGCUCGCUUGGCAUUGUAUUGACAGGAGCAGCAGCUCCUUACGACGAUCGUUUAGCAGUGAAAUCGUUUACAAGAGACCCAAAUGCUACCGAUGGUGUAGGACAAGCCGAAGCUAGUGGGAAAGUGCGUCUCGGUGAUCUGCUUCAGUCCAUCAAUGGCGUUCCAAUUGUAGGCGUGACGACUGAAGAAGUAAAGCGUCGUCUCCAACUCAUCAACCGCCCGGUAUACAUUGGAUUCUGCCAUUGCAGUGACGUCUACGCUGCUGUUUCGGAUGGUUCUGAAGCUAUCGGAUCUUCAGAUGCUGCGGGGUCCUCGCCGAGGUCGGAAACUGCAUUAUCUGAGCUGGUUCUGCCUGUAUUUUUACCCGGAGAGCUGUGUUACGCCAACGUUGAGACGAGUAUGCAGAGACUGGUGCUUUCCCACGACGGAUCAUGCCAAUCUCACUACAUCAGCGGGAAGUUGUUCAUCACGAACUAUCGAUGUUUCUUCACGCGUCUACUUGGCCGAGGAGAAAUUGACUGGCAGAUCCCGGUGCUGUCCAUCACCUCAAUCGACCGUAUCAAUCCUCGUGAUAAUUCUACAACAGCUGCUGCUACGCUCUCGGUGGAAAAUGCGCAAGUUGCUCUUGGUUUCGCUCCAGACGACUCGUUCAAAGUCGUGAUUCGCUGCAAAGAUCUACAGGUGGCACGCUUGUCUAUCGCUGACCAGAGCGAGUACAGCAAACUUGUCAAGUGCUUGAGCUUUCUGGCUUUCCCACAGAGUUUGCUGGAUGCUUUCUGCUUUGCGUAUGCUCCAACUGUGGCUCCAUCCGAAGAAGUGCAAUUCGACAUUCGUCAGGAGUACAAACGUAUCGGAUUACUAUCUUUUCCAGGACAUCUGCGUUGUAUCGACCAGUCGGUGACGUACACGCUCUGCGAGACGUACCCGCGACACCUUAUUGUGCCUGCGGAUAUCUCGGACGUACGUCUCAAGGCAGCCGCUGCGUUCCGAGCUCAUCAACGUCUUCCUGUGGUGAGCUGGAUUCAUCGCGGGAAUGGAGCCACCAUCGUUCGGUCGAGUCAACCGCUUGUAGGCUUGAAAUCUGCACGUAGUGGAGAAGACGAGCUGCUUGUAACGCUGUCGUGCUGCUCAAGCAACAAGAAAGCGUUCGGACGUUAUGUGAUCAUGGAUGCGCGAAGUCAAUUGGCUGCUGUGGGUAAUAAAGCGUUGGGAAAAGGAACCGAGAUCUCCAGCAACUAUCGCGGCGCUAAACUGAUAUUCAUGAACGUCGAGAACAUUCACUCGGUUCGGCAGUCGCAGCUCGCUUUAGCUGCGACUUUUGAGCCUAAGAAGAGUGCGAGCGAAGAUACGUCGAGCAGUUUUUACGGACGUAUCGACAGUUCUGGCUGGCUACGUCACGUGCGUCUGGUUUUGGAGGCUUCGGUGGAGUUGGCGCACACAGUUCACAAUGCGCAGAUGGUGGCGCUGGCUGAGUUGAUGUUGGAUCCGUAUUAUCGUACUCUGCGUGGGUUCCAGAUACUCGUUGAGAAGGAAUGGUGUGCAUUUGGACACCAGUUUGCUCUAAGGAGUGGCCACGCUCGCAGUGACGUCUCGAACGAGCAACGUUCGCCCGUGUUUCUGCUGUGGUUGGAUUGUGUUUGGCAAUACAUUCGCCAGUAUCCGACGGAGUGCGAGUUCAACGAGAGCUUUCUACUUACGCUGGCGGAUCAUGUUUACUCGUGCAAGUUCGGCACGUUCAUGUUCGAUUGCGAACGUCAACGGAAGGACUUUUUCGCUAAACAUCGAGUGUUCUCGGUCUGGAGCGAGAUCAACACUCAAAGCGAGCGCUUCACGAACCACAUGUAUGCACCCAGCGAGCAGGCGACCGUGUUGUCUCCCAGCACGCUCUCCAAGAACAUCAAACCUAUGGCGCUUCCUCCUCCACCGGCGCUGGCCGCCAUCGUGGCCCCGUGGGUCCUGGUGCUCAUCUUCGUCGUCUGGGGAUUCUUUCGUGGUCUCAACUGCUCGAUUCCUCGUCCUGUUCGACAAUCGAAAGAGACCAAAAAGCUUCGCGUAGGAUUCGUACACCCUGACUUCGGUAUCGGCGGUGCUGAGAACCUCGUUGUAAACGCAGCGGUGGCGCUGCAACAACGUGGUGCUCAUGUCACCGUGUUCACAGCCCACCACGACGUGAACCACUGCUUCGAAGAGACACGUGGCGAUGGACCGCUGGCUGCUCACGUGCGUGUACAUGGCGAUUGGCUACCCCGUACGAUCCUAGGCAAGCUCUACGCGCUCUGCGCAGUAGUACGCGUACUAUUCGUGACACUAUGCAUCGCCAUAUCCUACAUAAACGACGUGGAUGUGUUCGUGGUGGACCAAGUGUCGAUUUCUAUCCCGUUCUUGCGUGCGCUAGGCAAGCCCGUGCUCUUCUAUGGCCACUUCCCAGACAAACUUCUCUGCAUCCGCUCCGACUCGCCUUGGAAGCGUAUGUAUCGCAUACCAUUGGACUAUUUGGAGGAGAUCACCACCGCUGCGUCAGAUAUCAUCGUAGCUAACAGCAAGUUCUCUCGUGAAGUCUUUCAGAAGGUUUUCCCUCGUCUCCGCUCGAAGAAGCUAGGCAUCCUUUACCCACCGGUAGAUGUAAAGGCUUACGAAGCCACCGCUGAGGCAGACGUACAGCGUGAUUCAGGGCUUUUUGUGUCGCUGAACCGCUUUGAGCGUAAGAAGAAUGUGGCACUAGCGAUUGAAGCGCUCGUGGAGUUGCGUACCAGACUGCCGAGCGAUGAGUUCCAGCGUGUUAAACUUAUCGUGGCAGGAGGUUACGACCCGCUAAAUACCGAGAACAAGGAACAUCUCAUCGAGCUCCAAGCUGUGGUUGUGAAGCAUGGUCUUAAGGAGCAUGUAGAGUUUCGUACUUCCGUCUCAAACUCCAUGAAGCUUGAGUUAUUACGCAAGGCUCAUGGCAUCCUGUAUACACCUGAUCGUGAGCACUUCGGCAUCGUCCCUGUCGAGGCCAUGGCAUGUGGUACUCCUGUUAUCGCAGUGAGUUCUGGCGGUCCGUUAGAGUCCAUCGCUGAUGGAGAGACGGGAUUUCUGUGUCAGCAGAAGCCAGAGGCUUUCGCAGAGGCCAUGGCGAAGCUGUGUGGACCUAAAAACAGCACCAAAGUCGUCGAAAUGAGCGCGUGUGGCAGACUUCGUGCCCAAAAACUCUUCUCAUUGGAAACUUUCGGGGAUACUCUACUUGAGCUGGUGAACCAGGCUGUGUACGGUGAGAAAGCGGCGUAG